CUAGCUGUCACGCGGGUGAGUGGACGCAGAUCAGUGUAUCAGCACAACAGCAUCGUUUCCUGUGAUCGCUGUCAGAUGAAGGAAAGCAGAUCCAGGAUGAGUCAGUGUCAAGAAUCAGGUAACAGUGUGGAGCAGGAGGAGGUGACUGGACUGGUUUGUCAGGAGGACGACCUGAACGAUGGACAGAUGAGGGAAGUUACUGUGGGGGAGCAGAAAGUGCUGCUGGUCCGUACCCACGGUCAAUACAGUGCUGUUGGAAGCCAGUGCUCUCAUUACAACGCUCCUCUUAUCAAAGGAACAUUGGUUGGUGACAGAGUCAGAUGUCCCUUUCAUGGUGCCUGUUUUAACGUCCGAACUGGAGACAUUGAAGAGUAUCCAGGUUUAGACUCUCUUCCCAGCUAUAAGGUCAAAGUUGAAGAUGGCAAAGUGUAUGUUUCCAUCGACAAAAAAUCUCUUAAUCUGACCAGGCGAGUGAAGGAGAUGUGCAGCCUGGUGCCGGACAUCAAACAUACUGUUCUGCUCAUAGGAGGAGGCCCUGCCUCGCUGGUUUGUGCGGAGACACUGAGACAGAACCGCUACCAGGGUCGUAUCAUCAUGGUCACCAAAGACACCCUCCCUCCGUUUGACAAACCCAAACUGAGUAAGGCUAUGAACCUGGACAGCAGCAGCAUCCUCCUCCGGUCAAAUGACUUUUAUCAACAACAUGGAAUUGAGAUGUGGACAAAGAAGGAGGUGGUGUCUGUAAACCCACUGGGUAAGGAGGUGAAGUUGGGUGAUGGCACUGUGCAGCAUUAUGACCAGCUCCUUAUAUCAACAGGCUGCAGAGCGCGGCCGCUCAGCUGUCCUGGUUGGGACCUGCAGGGAGUGAAGUUACUGCAGAAUCAUGAAGACGCCAAAGAGAUUCACAGCUCCUGUCUUGGAAGAAAGGCUGUCGUCAUCGGAUCUUCCUUCAUAGGUAUGGAGGUGGUGUCCUUCUUAUCGGACAAAGCUGCUAGUGUGGCCAUGGUGGGCACCUCCACUUACCCGUAUGAGUGGUCUCUGGGCCCGGAGAUCGGCAAAAUGACGAUGCAAAUGUUGGAGGAGCAAAACGUGAAAUUUUACAUGAAUGACAUAGUCACUGAGAUUAAAGGGGAGAACGGCAAGGUGAAGGAGGUGGUGCUAAAGAGUGGUACAGUCCUGGAAGCUGAUGUGGUGAUUGCUGGAAUUGGUGUGAUCCCUAAUUCAGAUUUUCUAGAAGGAAGCGGGGUGGAGGUGGAUGCAAGGAAAGCUGUGAUUGUUGACAAGUUCAUGAGGACCAAUAUUACAGAUAUUUUCAGUGCUGGAGAUGUUACCUGCUUCCCUCUGGCCAUUCGAGGAGACCAAAGAGUAAACGUUGGUCACUGGCAAAUGUCACAGGCUCAUGGAAGAGUGGCUGCUCUGAACAUGCUGAGGAAACCAACCGAAAUUGAGUCAGUUCCUUUCUUCUGGACUGUGUUGCUUGGGAAGAGCAUUAGAUACACAGGCUACGGGGAAGGAUACACAGAAAUUAUAUUUAAAGGCAAAGUGGAAGAGAGGAAAUUCCUGGCAUUUUACAUAAAGGACGAGGUGGUGGUUGCUGCAGCCAGCCUGAUGUUCGAUCCUGCUGUGGCACGACUCGCAGAGCUGAUGGCUACUGGGCAGGUUUUAAAAAAGACACAGGCUCAAUCUGAUGACCUGAGCUGGCUGCAGAUGUGACCAGAGGGCUGCUGGGUUCAGGAGUUACGCCACUCACCCAUGAUGUCACUCCUCUCGCCCUUUUUUCAAUUCAAUGCCUCAGGCCUCCUGACAGCCAAUCAGACCUCUUCUCCUCCCUAACUCAGUACACUGUUACCAUAGCAGCACACACAGCUUUACUGAAUUUACACUUUAUUGAAUUUACACACACUGGGCAUCAAGUGAAUAAUCUAAUCUCAGCGUAAUGAAUACAGCCCAGCCACAGUUAAAAUCAAGUUUGUAAACCAUUACACUUUGUCAUUAAUAAAUUGCGUUACAUCACCAUAUAUCAUUAUAUCCAAAUAUAUUGGUACCCUGCAAUAAUAGUGCAAUGUAAUGUAUCCACUUUGAAGAAUUUAUUAAGUUAAGAGUUUGGGUUUAAGUUAUUUAAAAUCUAAAAUACAGAAACAUGUUGAUAAUUAAGUUCAUUUGACCUUUAUGUUUGAAGUUUGUUUCAUAUGUACUGUACUGCCUUAAUCCUUUAUAUCGCAAAUGUUUACAGCAGAGAGGUAACUUGUUCUGUCUUUAUCUUAAAUUGUAGAAUCCAAAUUCUUGAAACUGGAUUUAAGUAAGAGCAUGUAAGUAAGCACUUUGUAGCAUGUUAAAGGUCUUUUAGUUACUCAGGAAAUACAAGUAAUGCUCAGGUAUUAAAUUAAUGUGAAGAGUUUCAACAGCACUGGUUAUCUAUAUUAUCAGCCUUCAUUCCAUUAAGACCCUGAGCAUGUGAUGUGAUGAGUGUUGGUUCUACAAGAACUGUGGCUUCACUAUGGUUAUGUAUUCUAGUUUUUUUCCCUUCAGUUUGUGUUACACACAAUUUAAUAAAUCAUUGACCGAC